AGACAAUUGUCAAAAAAAAACAUAGAAAACAUGAAGUUCUUCGGGUGGAUGCAGAACAAGCUUAAUGGGGAUCAUAACAGAACAAGCACUUCCUCUGCUUCUUCUCAUCAUGUGAAGCAAGAGCCAAGAGAGGAGUUUAGCGACUGGCCUCACGCGUUGCUCGCUAUUGGAACGUUUGGUACAACAAGCAAUAGUGUGAGCGAAAACGAGAGCAAGAAUGUUCAUGAAGAGAUUGAAGCGGAGAAGAAGUGUGCCGCAAAAUCCGAGCAGGAAGAAGAGCCUUCUUCUUCUGUCGAUCUUGAAGAUUUCACUCCUGAGGAGGUUGGAAAGUUGCAGAAGGAGUUGAUGAAACUCUUGUCAAGAACUAAGAAAAGGAAAUCUGAUGUGAAUAGAGAGCUCAUGAAAAAUCUUCCUUUGGAUAGAUUCUUGAACUGUCCAUCAAGUUUAGAGGUCGAUAGGAGAAUCAGCAAUGCGCUUAGUGCUGUUGUGGAUUCGUCUGAGGAGAAUAAGGAGGAAGAUAUGGAGCGAACGAUUAGCGUUAUUCUAGGUAGAUGCAAAGAGAUAUCAAUAGAGAGUAAGAAGAAUAAGAAGAAGAGAGACAUAAGCAAGACCUCUGUCUCAUAUCUUUUCAAGAAGAUUUUUGUCUGCGCAAAUGGGAUUUCUACAGCCCCAAGCCCUAGCCUGAGAGACACGCUUCAAGAAUCAAGAAUGGAGAAGUUGUUGAAGAUGAUGCUCCAUAAGAAGAUUAAUGCUCAAGCCUCCUCGAAACCAACAUCAUCGACAACAAAGAGAUACUUGGAAGACAAGAAACAGCUCUCAUUGAAGAGUGAAGAAGAAGAAGAAACUAGCGAAAGAAGUAGUAGUAGCGACGGAUAUAAAUGGGUCAAAACAGAUUCUGAUUAUUCAAAAUCUUCUCGAGAAAAUUUAAAGAAAUAAUGUAAUGAGUCUCCCAUUCUCCCAUUUUCUGGGGAAAUUUUUGGUGCAUAUGCAAGUUAAGCCAUGGAAUUUCAGAAUGUUUGUUAACUUCUUUUUUUGCAUGAUUUGAUCUGUGGGAAUUUGGGUCCAUAGAACCAAAACAUGUUCUUGAAAUUGCGUACAUGUGUGCGUGUGAUUUGUGUAAUUUUAAGGUGGAUAACCUCAGCUUAUAUAGAUUCUUCUUUGUUACAUUUCUUUGUGCCUUUGGUUCACUUUUUGCUGUAAGAGACAAGUCAACUCUUAAUAUCCUUCUCUCUCGUUUCUCCUUCAUGUAUGAUUAUAUAAAUAAAGACAUUGGAAUAUA